CAUCUCCUCUUUGUUUUUUAGCAGCUGUGGCCUGUGGAUAAACCUAGAACCCCAAUCCAUUCUCCAUCACCUCGACCUUGCUGGUUUCUUGCUCUCAUCUCUCAUCAAUGGCUUCCACAUUCGUCACCCUACCAACUCCCUUCCUUCACAAAACCAGUACCAGUGUCCCCUCAACCUCUUUCUCCAACAAGAGACUCCCAUUUUUGAAGAGGAACUCUUUGAAGGUUAAUGCAGUUGCCACGAAAUGGGAACCCGCUAAGGUUGUGCCCCAGGCUGAUAGAGUUCUUAUUCGUUUGGAGGAGCUAGCACAAAAAACAACUGGUGGAAUUUUGUUGCCCAAGUCAGCUGUUAAAUUUGAGCGAUAUCUUGUGGGGGAAGUCCUAACUGUUGGUGCUGAGGCUGGAGAAGUAAAGGCUGGGGCAAAGGUACUAUUCACCGACGUGAAUGCUUAUGAGGUGGAUUUGGGGACUGAUGCAAAGCACUGCUUCUGUAAAGCAAGUGACUUAUUGGCCGUGGUUGAGUAGGUUUUGGUCACUGUUGAGAGGAAGAGCCGCCUUUUUUUUUUGACAAUAUUCAUGGCAAAUGUAUUGGUAGUAGAAUGAACCAUUUUCAAUAAUUGGUGUUAAAAUUUUCUCUUCCAAUGUUAUAAUAGCACACUGCAUCCUUGGCGAUUUCCUUUUGCCAAUUCUCCACUCCAUUCCAUGCUAUUCUUUUCCCAUGUUGUAAGGCUAAAUAUUAGUUUGUAAUUUUACUUGCUCAAAAGUUUUUCCUUCAGAUA